AUGGCUACCUUCAGCGAGAAGAAGACUUGCGGCCAGCGUAUGGAAGAGUUCAAGCACUUUGUUUGGAAUCCAGAAACCAAGGAAUUAAUGGGGAGGACACCUAAAAAUUGGGUUUUCAUCAGCCUGUAUUAUGCAGCCUUCUACGUUGUGAUGUGUGCACUGUUUGCUCUGUCCCUGUUUGUGUUGUUGUACACAACAGACCCAUACAUACCGACUUAUCAAGACAGGCUCAAAGCACCAGGUGUGACGAUACAACCGCAACCAAGAGAUCUGAAGAUCAUCUUUAAUAUCUCAAAUCCAAAGUCCUGGCACUAUUACGUCAAAGACCUUCAGCAGUUCCUCCUAGCUUAUAAUGAGUCAGUCCAGGAAAAACUCAACCGCAACUGCACCAGUGGUAACUAUACCUUCCAAGGAGGGCAUGGUCCUAAUUCAAAGUUUUCCUGCCAAUUCACUCGAAACAUGCUGAAGAACUGCUCUGGACUAGAAGAUCCCACUUUCGGAUAUAAGACCGGUCAACCCUGCAUCUUAAUCCGAAUGAACAGGAUUAUCAAUUACUUGCCUGGAGAAGGAACUGUCCCAAACGUAACUUGUGCUGUUCUGCAUGCCUACCCAGAGAGUAUUGGAAACGUAGUGUUUUACCCUGACAACGGCACCUUUGACCUGUCUUAUUUCCCUUACUACGGCAAGCAGCCACAGCCAAAUUACACCAAUCCGCUGGUGGCAGUAAAAUUCCUGACUCUGAAAAGGAACAGAGAGUUUGAAAUUCAGUGUACGAUUAACGCACCAGGAAUGAUCAGUAACAACCCCUAUGAAAAAUUCGAAGGACGAGUGAUCUUCACACUGGAUAUCAAAAAAUGAACAUGAUCUGAAGGGGAAAGUCUCGGGUGACGGUUAAUGUGUUUUGUAUAUAUUUAUA